AUGUCUGUUGCUUCCUCGUCCACAGAUAGCCUUGAUAAGGUUAUAGACGAGUAUUGUGAUAAUACUAGUGAUAGGUCUAGCUCUAGCAGUGCUAGUGAUGAGAGUGGAGGAAGCACGGACGAGAACUACUCUUCUGGGGCCCCUGGGCUCCCUAUUGAAGUCGUCCAAGAACAGCUUAGGAGAGCUUCUGGCUCUCAAGCUGGUUCUCCGUCCAAUCCAACGGACGAGGUAGAAACCGUCUUCAGUUGCGCUGUAGGCGUCCAUUCUAAGACGGACGAACAGAGGUUAGGUAACCUUAGGUCCUGGUAUCAAAUCCCAGACGAGUUUAACCCUAGGCUACCCGUCCGUGGAGAAUGGUGUUGUGAGCCCCGUUUUGGAAUAGGCGUCUAUGAAUCUUACUUCCUAGGUGGCCUUAGGUUUCCUUUAAAUGCCUUUGCUAGGGAGUUACUAGUCAAAUUAGGUCUAGGUGUUUGUCAAUUCAAUCCCAACGCAUGGAGAUUAAUUAUCUCCAUGCAAAUUUUGUGGAGGGAAGUUUUUGGUAGGGACCGUCCUCUUACAGUGGACGAGUUCCUUUAUUGUUAUAAACCUUCUGCCAUAAGCCAGUCUGAAGGUUUUUACCAAUUUACUGCUAGAGGGAAUGAUUGUAGGUUGAUCAAGUCCCUAGCUUCGUCUGAUAGGAAGUGGAAGACGGAGUUUAUUUUUAUUUCAGGCUUCUGGGCUGGGAACCCUGUGGACGUUGGCAGGGAUCCCUUUCCUCCUUACACUGGGGACCUGGGGAACCUUCGUCCAGAAGCUGCCAAACGUCCGUCCUUGAGCAAAUUUCACCGUGACCGCGUCCACAGGGCCCGUCUACACGCAGACAGGAGCUUCCAUUCCCUUGUCACGCUUAGGCGUCUGGCCAAGUGGGGUUUAGGUCCCGAGCCUUCAGACGAAGCUAUAGCCCACGAAGUCACUGUGCGAAAAAGAAUGUCAACAAUGAAAGAGAACCGAGGAAAAGAGAUCGCAGGAGAGGGGAAACGUCCUGAGGGUCAAGCCCAGGAUCGUCCAACGGCUGGGGACAAAAGAAAGUUCUUGCCUAAGAACAUUGAUCUGGAUGGGCUCUCCAGUCGAAGAGAUAAAAGGGUUAAACAAAGCUCGUCCAAGGUGGUCAAGUCCAAACCACCCUCUUGA